AAAAAAAGCGCUAACAAUAUAAUUUCAACAAUUGUAAAAUCCGUUUGUUGAUUAGAAACGAUUGUUUUCGGAUGCGAUUUUUUCGAAAGCGAGAUAAUUUUGCGAAAAUGAAUGCUGAAAGUUUUCAGUGCGUUUAUAAUGAAAGUUAUUCGUCAUUUGGAUAUGAUAAUUAUGUUGUGUAUGCUUAUCAGUAUACAUUAUUCUUUGUGCCAUAUGAUUUGUGGUCAGAAAUGCCUGAAUAUGGGCCGACUACAGACUUUUCACAAAGUGGAAUACUGCCAGAAUAUCAGCAGUAUGAACCUCAAGUGGGGGAAUUUGGAUAUCGGUCACAAUCAGAAUUCAUGCCUUAUUGGCCGUCUCCCGAAAUAGCCGAAAAUGAAAGACAAGCAGAAACGACUAGAUAUUGGCCACUCCCAGAAAUUAUUGGAGAUAGGCUGCAACCAAAUGAACAUUGGUCACCUCCUGAAUACAUUGGAUAUGAAGAGUUUGUUGAUAGAAAUGAAUAUUGGCAGGCUUCUGAAUAUAGUGGAUAUAGUUCUCAAUCAGAUAGAAAUGAAUAUAUGUCAGCGCCAGAAGUAACUGAAUGUGGGCCACUGCCGUAUGGAAAUCAAUAUUCGGCAGGUCCAGAAAAUGUUGAAUAUGGAGAAUAUUCCAAUGCAAAUGAAUAUAUGACACCUACAAAAAAUGUUCAAUAUGGAGCUUAUCCGGUUAUAAAUGGAUAUUGGCAACCUCCUGUAUAUAGUGGAUAUGGCUGUCAAUCAAAUAUUAAUGAAUAUAUGUCAGCGCCAGAAGUAACUGAAUGUGGGCCACAGCCCUAUGGAAAUGAAUAUUGGACAAGUCCAGAAAAUGUCGGAUAUGGAGCAUAUUCAAAUAUAAAUGAAUAUAUGCCAACNUUUUCUGAGUUUCAAGUGAAAGAUCCUGAUCAAACUCAAAAGUACGAAACUCACUUAGAACAGAGCAGUUCUGCCGAAUGUAAUUCAGAGAAAGACUUAAAAGACGACAAAGACGAAAAAGUGUCUGAAAAUAUAAUUACAAACAGCACAAGUGAAGAAACUUCUUGUGAACUCGAUGCUACAAAACAACCUCCUAUUAAGAACGUGCCAGAAACUCCACUGUCUCAAGCACAAAUCACAUCGAUUGUAAAUGGAGAUUUCACACUACGACCGUUAUUUAAAGCGUUUUUGGAUCUGGAAGAAAAUUCAUUAGUAUGUAAUGUAAUAUAUGAAGAGGACGUGCUUAACUAUGAAGACGAUCUAUCGGAAACAUCUGAUGAUCUGUCUUAUAGCACGGAAUCAGAUACGAUGUCAAUUGAAGAUGAAGUUCCUGAUACCAUAAACGGAAAUAAAGUAUCUGACGAUUGUACUACGUAUCAAAACAUUAUAAUAGUUCGAGGUCAUUUGCCGGUUCACCAAACAUGUGAAUUAGUAUUUAUCAGCCCAACAUCGUCUUCUGUUUAUGUCGAAUCAGACAAAUCUGAUUUAUCAACAGAAAUAAUUAUCUGA